UGUCUAACCCCCAAUGGCCGCCUAACCUCAGCUGAGCAGCAAUGUUACAAAUUAAAAAGCGCAUGAGGUACAGUCCGUUGGGUCUGGCUGCAGCUCGGCUGCUCUCCUCAGGGUCCACCAAGAAGCCCACCGUGUUUCUGGACAUCGAGGCCGACGCUGAACCUCUAGGGAGAGUCAUCAUUGAGCUCAAUGCGGAUGUAGUGCCAAAGACUGCAGAAAACUUUAGAGCCUUGUGCACAGGAGAACAUGGCUUUGGAUACAGAGGCUGCAGGUUUCACAGGAUCAUCCCUGAAUUCAUGUGCCAGGGAGGAGACUUCACAAAUAACGACGGCACAGGGGGCAAAUCUAUUUAUGGAAAAACAUUCAAAGAUGAGAACUUCACUUUAAAACACACUGGUCCAGGAACCCUUUCAAUGGCAAACUCAGGGCCUCACACAAACGGCUCCCAGUUCUUCAUCUGUACGGCUAAAACUGAAUGGCUGGAUGGUAAACAUGUGGUCUUCGGGCAGGUGAAGGACGGCAUAGAUGUGGUCAUGAAGAUGCAGUCCUUUGGUCUGCAUGAUGGAGGUGUGCUAAAGACAAUAGUAAUCACUGAUUGUGGAGAGAUCAAAUAGCAACCAAAGUCUUUCCUUUGAUGCUUUAUUAUGCAACACUUAUAUUUUCUCUAUUUAUGAUCUUUUAAAUCAGGUUUUGUUUAAAAAAUAUAUAUAUAUAGCUUAAUAUUUUCUGCAAAAUGAUCAAGAUAUUGGUCAAAACAACUGAUUGAUCAAUAAUAAAAGGGCAUUUAUAAGUGUUUACAGAUUUUUCAUGAUGCAAUUAAUGAGAAUAAGUUAAGACAUUUCUCCCAAUAAAAUACACCCAAAUGCACUUUGUACAAUCUGAUGUACAAGAGUUAGAAUAAUAUGCAAAAACCCAGUAAUUGAUCUGUUGCUUAAGUCCUUUAUUUCAAUAAUAGUAGAAAAAAUGAGAGGGUUUGAUUUUUUUGUUGUUGUUGUAUUUGUACAAUACUUUAAAGGAAACGUCUG